UAUUAAAAAAAAAAAAUAGUGUUUUGUUGAUUAAAAGUGAAUAAAAAUAAUAAUAAUUAGCUUAAGGUGAAAUAUGACUUAUUUAGGAACAAGGAUUUUAGGUGAAUGGGACUUUUAUUUGGGUACAAAGGGAGUUUGCCUUUUAUUUAUUUUUGAAGAAUGUAGUUAUAAUCAUACUAUUUGUGUUUUAUUUAGUACAUUAUAUUGAACUCAAUUAACUAAUUUCAAUACAUGUUUGAUGGCUGCUCAAUGAAAUAAAUAUAUUGGUCUUGUUUGGCAAUCUUUUGAUGGUUGUUGGCUUUUUUAACUUGGUAUUUAUCACCUGUUUUAGUUGAAUUAGUUGUUUAUAUAAAGUAUCAAAAAAUUUCUUGUUUUUGUCUGUCAAUUUUUAAAAUAAACAAAAUUUUCAAAUUGUCUUUAAAUGCUAGCUCAUUAAUUGUUCUAGUCAAGGUUCACAACAACCAUCUACCUAAUUUAUGUUUGGGCUAUUUAACCGCAUUGAUUACUCAAAGCCCCAAGUUACUGAAAAAAGGCCAUUUUCUUCUUAUCAAGCUUAUUUGACUUCUUGAACAGAAUAUCUUUCCUCUGCUCCUCUAGUGCUGCAAGUCUUGCAACAUGGGGGAGUGCACACAAUUUUAGAUGUUGGGUAUUUUCUAAAGCAACAAGCAUAAACAAGUAAAAGUAUAUUGAGUAUGUUUAAUGUGAAAGGCGAUGCAAAGUUAUCUAUGUAAGAACUGUAAGCGGCCUGGGCAUUUUGCUAAAGAAUGCCCAAAUGAUUCUGUGUGCAACAACUGUGGUCAGCCUGGGCACAUGGCUGCUGAUUGUAACUCAAAAACAAUGUGUUGGAACUGCAAAGAACCAGGUCAUCUUUCUACCGAAUGCAAGAAUCAACCUAUUUGCCACUCCUGUGGGAAGAUGGGUCAUCUGGCCCGAGAGUGUCCAAAAUCAAGCGAUCCUAGAGUUUGCAGCAAUUGUUUCCAGCCAGGCCAUUUGACAGUGGACUGUAUGAAUGAAAAAGCAUGCAACAAGUGCCGAAAACCUGGCCACCUUGCUCGUGACUGUCUCAAUGAGCCUAUUUGCAACAACUGCAAUUUAACUGGACAUAUGGCCCGCUAUUGUCCUAAUCUAACUUUCCCACCACCAUUGAUGUUUAGGGACCCUCCACCCAUGCUUGGUGGCCCACCACCUAUUCCUCCGCCCAUUGCUGGGGGUCAAUUGUAUGAUAUCUUCUGUCAAAAUUGUGGACGUCUAGGACACAUAAGUCAUCAAUGCAUGUACAUGAUUAUGUGUGGUGCCUGUGGUGGCCGUGGUCAUCGAUCAUUUGAAUGCCCAUCAGGUCCAAUGCUUGAUAUGAAUCAUAUGAUCUAUCGGUGAUUUUGACAAUUUACUGAUAUAUGAAAAGUUCAUUUAUAGAUA